UAAAUCCUAUAUUUGUUGGAAUUAAGAAAACCCCUAUCUUUCUCUGUCCUCCCUAUAUAUAUACGUAGUAAAUUAAAUUCAGCAAAACUUUCAGAAGCAGUGAACAAAUAAUACCAGAACAAACUUUCAGAGAUAUUUGUUUGAAUAAACCAAAAACAAAAAAACUGCGCUAAUGCCUGCUAAGCGUAAGAGAUCUGAAUUAAGUCAAUUAGCCGCGGAAUUAGCUAAGCGUAAGACUAAUAAUAAGACAGCUCCAGGAACAUGGCCAUUGCGAAAGUGUCCGAGUGUAGUUGACAAUUUCAGCCGGUUGAGCGAUGAUAUUAUUGUGUGUCAUAUAUUGUCUCGAUUGUCCUUGAGAGAAGCCGUGACAACAAGUGUCCUUUCCCGUAGAUGGCGCAACUUGUGGACUGAAAGCAUUGGCUCCAAAUUGAUCUUUUCAUAUCCCGCUACACAUGAUUAUGAUUCUAGACUAAGAUUAAGACAACCCAUCCUAGAAAAGGGAAUAAGUCGCAUUUUGGAAGUUGUUAAGCCAACAUUCGAUGAGCUAACUAUUCGUUUCAGUUUCAAUUCCACUACUGGUAGUAGUUAUCAAGCCGUCGAUAGGUGGGUUCAAAUUGCGCUUGAAAACAAGGUUACUCGGCUUCAUCUGGACUUUUCAUCACUGACUAGUCCCAAAAUUUACACUUUUCCAGCUAUACAUAAGAUCUCUGCCAUCAAUGAAAUACAUAACCUUAGAGAUGUUUGCCUUAAGUCUAUAAAUGUUUCGGGGGAGGUUAUCGACUGGAUGCUGUCAAACUGUCCAUCUCUUGAGCGCUUAGCUGUGUGGGAAUCACGUUUUCUGCAUAAGAUUAGAGUCUGCACAGAAUCCUCUAAGUUGAAGAGCCUGGAGUUUGUCGAUUGUUAUUAUCAAAGGAUUCAGAUCUCAUCACCAAAUCUCAUAUGUUUGCGAUACAGUAGUGGUUUUGAGGAAUGCCUUCAACUAGAUUAUGUUCCCCUUUUAUCUCAACUUUAUAUAGGCUCUUUAUACUCCCGAAGCUUCCUAAGAAAUGGUGCGCGGCUUUUUAUCAAUUACAUCUCUCAACUCAAGAGGCUUAAGCUGGAUAUCAAUUCUUACACAGCAAAAUUCUCCGUAGAUUACCUGCUGGAAUUUCCUAAACUCAUAAAGCUUGAGCAGUUGGAAGUUAAAGUGGUACCAGAUCGGUGGAGUUCUCACCCUUACCUUUGGCUAAUCAUGCUGAUAAAGGCUGCUCCAUCCCUGCAGAAAUUUUCAAUUGAGCUGAACAGGGUGGAGGUGUAUCCUGAUGAGGAUUAUUAUCACGAAAACUUACUCAACAUUAUUAGGGAAGUACGUCAUCCAAGCCUCAAGUUCAUUGAGAUGCUGAAAUUUAGUGGAGGUUACUCGGAAAUGGAACUCGGUCAGCACUUGCUCAGUAUUUCUCCAUUGCUUGAGCAGCUUGUCGUUAGCGGGUUUUACAGAACAAGUAAGAAGACUCCUCGUGCUCUUUAUGACAGUGUUGAAGAAAAUAGAAUGCAAGCUCAAAAGUUCAAUAAGUGGCUGCCUCCAACUGCUAAAUUAGUUAUACUCUAACUUUUAUAUUUAAUAUCUGUAAUUGUUUCUCAAAGAGUUGACGCUUGAUUUUGUAGUUGAGUCUGGAUCUUUCAUGAUAUGUUCUUGUAUUUAUGUUUGUAACUAGGUUAGCUACCGUGCCAUUCACAGUGAUCUAUAGUUAUAUAUAGCUAUAGAUUAUUGAUUGAUAUUAUUAUAAUCAUAGAUUAGUAGAGGAAGAACAAAAAUUUAAUGCAAGUUAAAGUAAUUCUUU